ACAAGACUCACUCGGGCGUCCACCCAGUGCUAAAGGCAAAGAAAGCCAAUGAGGAAAAGGGAUCUCUUGGAGCUCAGCGCCUUACAGCUGCAAAGAGCUUGAUAUAAAAUAAACUUUUUUAGAGUUCUGAAAUUCUAUGGCAUCCUACAAGGAAAGUAACCAGGAAGACGCCCAAGAAUGUCCCGUGUGCUAUGAGGGAGUUUCUGGCAUCGAACGGACUUUGAGCUGCGGGCACGUUUUCUGUCACGACUGCCUGGUAAAGACGCUAGUCAGCAUCAACAGUGAUGGAAACAUCAGAGACACAAUUUCCUGCCCUAUAUGUCGACAUCUGACAUUCAUCAAGAAACAAAGGGAAAAGCUGGAGUUCCUCGCAAAAAACAAGGAAACAAAUGAAAGGCAGACCCUGGAAGUGCCUCUUUCUCUGCCAGCGGGACAUCUCCGCGCCUCCAGCGACAGUAUUCCAAGUGGAGUUAAUUGGAUCACCCAUUGCUGUAGGUGCAUCUCUCAGCCAGCCUGUCGGCAGGGGUUAAUACGCUCUAAUGCAUGUCAGAUCUUCAUCAUAAGCACCCAAGGGCGACCUAUGGCUGAGGAAGAUGCGCCCAAUGUUGUAAUGACUGUAGUCCAACCUCGGCCCAGGCGAAGACGCCGGAUUUGCACAACGGAACGAUGCUUGGUCUUCUUGCUUUCGGCAUUUACUAUACUUGCUUUGGUGGCUGCAACUCUGCCCUGGAUUUUAUUGGUAUAAUAUCCAUUCAUGAUGAUGUCUAGAUUUAAGUACCAAGGGAGAGUGAUAAAAUUACUUUCAAGGACAAAAAUAUUUCCGAAAAAUCAUGUCCCUGUAAUGCAAUGUGUGAGGUCUGACUGAUUUAAGCUAUAUGUAUUAGUCUAAUAGGCUGUAACCACUAAUUCUAAUAAAACUAUAUUUUGUUGUUGGUAUCA